AUGAGGCUUUUUACCGCAGUUACUGCGCUCUGCGGGCUACUCCUGCCCAGCAGCGUAGUAUGCGCCGAUGAACGAGUCGCUGCGCUCAGCGAAUUCAACCCCCCGCAAGUGUUUAAGAAUACGAAUCUGGUCCGGAACACCAAUUUGGAGAAGGGAUAUGUUCGGGAGACGGUCAAUGUGGUCGUGGAAAACGUGGACAAGCAGCCGCAGAGCGACUACUACCUGCCGUUCCCAUCGGACGUGUUUGACAAGGUUGGAAGUCUGGAAGUGAGAGACAAGAAGGCAGCAGAGAAGGGAAGAUUUGACGUGGAAGCUGUUGAGCUCGAUUUCCGCAGUGACCUCGAAUACUUUGUUAUUCAUUUCCCGGAGCCUCUCGCUCCCAAGUCGCAAAUAACUCUGGGAAUCUCGUAUACCCUUCUCAAUUCCCUUAACCCACGUCCGGCCGCCAUCGAACAGUCUGACCGUCAAUUCCUCUCCUACUCCUUCUCCGGCUUUACAAUUUCGGCCUACCCUACCGUCACCCAGAAGACGAAACUGAAGUUCCCCAGCACGAAGGUUCCUGACUUUACUGUCACUGAGGGCCUCAAGACUGCCUCAGGCUCUGACCCCGAGCGCCAGGGCGCGACGUUCACCUACGGCCCAUACGACACCUCCAAGAUCGCACCUGGAACGACCUACCCAAUUACCGUUCGCUACGAAUUCACUAAGCCUGUCAUCACGGCUUCUCUGUUGGAACGUGACUUGGAAGUAUCCCACUGGGGUGGUAAUCUGGCGACUGAGGAGCGAUACUGGCUGCGCAACAAUGGCUCUGAAUUGACGAACCAAUUUUCGCGUGUGGAAUGGACCAUUAGCAGCUACCAGAAUUUGCCCUCGUCCGCAUUGCGCGAGCUCAAGUACCCGCUCAAGGCCGGUUCGGUCGACCCCUACUUCAUUGACGAUGUCGGUAACGUUUCCACGAGUCGGUACCGUCCUGGAAAGCCUAACCGCGACGCGCACCUGGAACUUCGUUUUCGGUACCCCAUCUUUGGUGGCUGGAACUACAGCUUCCGGACCGGAUGGAACAACGGCCUUUCUCAAUUUCUGCGCCGUGCGGCGACUGGUGCGGAUUCAUACGUCCUGAAGGUGCCGUUCAUCGAGGGUCCUAAGGCUCCCGAGGGCGUUCAGUACGAGAAUGUUGUUGUCCGCUUAGUUCUUCCUGAAGGAGCUCGGAAUGUCAAGUAUGAGUUGGUGGAAGGAUCUGCCAGCAAUGGCCUUCCUGGUCCCAACCAGAUUCGGUCUCACCUGUCCAGCCACAAGACCUAUAUGGACACGUUGGGCCGGACCGUGCUGACCCUGGAAGCGGAGAAUCUUUCUGACGAGGCUCGUGAUUCUCAGCUUGUGGUCACUUAUGAUUACACUCUGUUGGAUGGACUGCGCAAGCCAUUUACCAUCACAGCUGGUCUUUUGACAGUUUUUGCUGCUGCAUGGUUCAUUGGAAACAUUGAUGUGAGCAUCAAGAAGCGGUAG